AUGGACGGGGAUUUGGGCCGCGCUGUUGACGGUGGUUCUGGCCGUGGGUGCUGGUGGCUCCUGGGUCAUUGCGCGGCUUCAGCUGGAACCGGCGGUCGCAGCUCAGCUGUUAGAUGUCCUGAAGCCUCUCUUGAACUUGUACCAGCUACUUUUCCUCGCCAGAGUGCUUUUGGCGCAGUUUCCCAAGCUAAAGACAUCCGACUGGCCCUACGCGAUCUGCCACUACCCUACUGA